GCAACGUCGUUUGUUUUAGUGGCGAUGGAUUCCAGCAGUUGGGCACCCAUAUUUUCGUACGGGUCCGGGAGCUCAAUUUCUUUUGCGACGGUGACACCAUCGCAAGUUACCAACGGGGCACCGAAAGAUUUUUGGAUGACUACAUUUCUGCCGCGUGGACCAAGGGUAACUUUCACGGCAUUAGCGAGCGUAUCAGCACCGCGUUUGAGUGCUACCCUUGCUUCUUCGUCAAAGAUAAUUUGCUUUGCUGGCAUUGAAUUCCUCCUGUAUUAAUUUUAUGUGUUGUAAUAUUCAAGUAUAAGAAGCGUUGCGAUUAAAAUUCGCUCCUAUAAUUAUAGCAUAC